AUGACGCAACAGCCGCCUCAGGCUUCCUCCUCCUCAACGGGCUUCUUCCAAGCCCUCCCGAUACUUCCGCCACAGUAUACGAACCCAGCUUCAAUACCAGAAACUAUCCAAAGCCGUUACUCAAACUCCGCAGAAGCCUCUGAUGACAAAAUUGUCGCGCGAAUAUUGGAUCUCUACCUGCCACAGGAUGCAACGGAGGCCACCAAGCGUGUCCAUCACCUAGCACGUUUAUCACUUAAUCCAUCUAUUUUGAAGUACGCUACGGACGCAGAGACGAACCACCCGGUACUGCGUCCGCUAUCUACCUUCGGUGCUGAAAACAAGAACGAUCCCUUAUGGACGACGACAGGAUGGCAGAAGCUAAAGGAAGUUGGCUAUCGUGAAGGUGUCGUCUCGGUAGCUUACGACAAGUCUCACCGGCGCUUCAGCAGACGCGUGGGACAGUUUGUUGGGGGUCAUGUAUGGGGCCCCACUGGUACCAUGACCGCAUGCCCUCAAAGCAUGACCGAUGGCGCCGCGACAUUGUUAGACAAACACAAGAACGACGAAGAUGGCGAUCAGCCGGGUCGAGGCGAGGUACUACGGGAAGCUUAUCGGCGGGUGUGUAGUCGCGACCCUGAUGUGGCAUGGACGAGCGGACAAUGGAUGACUGAGCGAUCUGGCGGAAGCGAUGUAUCUGGCACGGAGACACUUGCUCGACGUAUGACAGCGCAGGAGCUGGACGAGGAGGCAAAACAAGGGAGAGAUCGCGAUGCAGUUGGUAUGCAACUGGGCCCCUGGAACAUACAUGGUUUCAAGUGGUUCAGCAGCGCAACAGACUCAGAGAUGGCUGUACUCCUUGCGCGAACAGACAAAGGCGGUCUGUCUGCCUUCUACAUGCCCAUGCGACGACGCGUGGGGGCGCUGGAGAGUGAUACCCUAAACGAAGAGGCCCCGCCUCUCACCGAGCUCAACGGCGUUCGCAUCCAGCGCUUGAAGAACAAACUUGGAACAAAGUCACUACCAACUGCGGAGGUCGAGCUCAACGGCGCACGCGGUUGGCUCAUUGGUAGGGAAGGCCAGGGUGUGAAGGAGAUUUCCGCAAUUCUCAACAUCACGCGCUUGUAUACCGCAGCUGGUAGUGUAGGGAGUUGGGCGCGUGGUCUGGCAAUUUCCCGCGCCUACAGCAAAGUACGCAAAGUGCGUGGCGGGCUACUCCAAGACAACCCAACGCAUCUCGCAUGGAUGGCUGAAGAAACAGUAAAGUACUGGGCUAGUGCGCACUUCGCCUAUCUGGGUGUUGCUCUACAGGGCGCUUUGGAACAAGACUGGGACGAGAUGGUCGCGAAUACAAAAGCCGUGCAUCUGAUCCCAAGCGACAAGAUCACAGUAGCAGCGUUGUUGAGAUUGCUACUGCCCGCGAUGAAAGCUCAAGUCAGCGUCGCAUCAGUUGAUGGCCUGCGACAGUGCAUGGAAUGCCUUGGAGGUGUCGGGUACUGCGAGAACAACGAAGACGGCGGGCUGAUGAACAUCGCGAAGAUCUAUCGCGACAACCUCGUCAAUCCGAUAUGGGAAGGCACUGUCAGCGUCAUGGCAGAAGAUGUCGUUCGGGUACUCACUGAUAAGCGAAUGGGCGGCGGCGAUAUCAUGAAGAAUAUCUUCACACCGUGGGUCAGGGACGUGCUCGGUCGAUGUGCUCCAAUCUUCCAGAACGAGGUCUUGAUUGUCGAGGAGAGACUUCAGGCGCUCGACGACGUUGUUCAUAAUGCACAGAAGGAAGAGCUGCUAUACCGUGGACGAGCAAUUUUGCAACAUCUCGAGGUCGUCGCCAGCAGCGUCGCGCUGAUGUACGAUGCGCAGGCAAACCCAGACCCUGUUGCACAAGAGAUCGCAGCACGAUGGAUCCACCUGAAGGCACUUUCGCCACAAACGCAUCCGCGCUCUCGAACUUGGAAAGAGCUGUCGAGUAUGGACAAGCGCAUCUUCCUUGGAACAACGGAAGCAGCCGUCGGUGUUUCAGCAAAGCUCUGA